AGGAUAGAUCGAAGUUUAGCUUAUUCGGCAGUAGGAAAUUGCCAUAGCUUUUCGAACGUUGGCACAUAAAAACUCACCUGGCGGAUCAUCAUGAUCCGGUUGGGAGUGCGAUUUAUUACAUUUCUGAUGUGCCUGGCUGUUAUAGUCAAAGGGAGAAAUCCAUACAAUAGAUCACGCUCAGAAUAUAAGGAAGACGAAAAUCCACAAAGAGGUGAUUUACCGGGUACGUCUUACGACGGUAAAGACUACGGAUACGAGAAUAACUAUCGAGAUCAAUAUGGGAUACUAUCACCAGUGAUCAAUGAGAAUGAUGUCCUGCGUAACUAUUCAAGUUCUACCUCAUGGGGAGCCGGCUAUGAUUAUGAAGGUUACAAUCAAGAAAGUCAAUCUAGGUCCAGCUAUGAUGAUCAACUGAGCUAUGAUCAACGACAUCAUUAUGAAGAUAGAAACGAUCAUAGUUCUGGUUGGGAUCAGCAUGAGUCAGUUGACAAAUAUGAAGGUCAGAGCUAUUCCAAUAGUUAUAAAAUUCACCCAGCUCCAGGUAUUGAAAAAAAAUGCAAUGGAUCAAGCUGCUGUUAUCCUAAGUGUUUUGCUGAGAAGGGUUCAAGGGGCCCACCAGGUGUAAUGGGACCCAUUGGGCCAAAAGGUGAACGGGGUUUUCCUGGCGUCGAAGGAUUCUUAGGUCCUAAAGGCGAUAAAGGUGAUCCUGGACCCCAAGGUCAACGAGGAAUUCGUGGAGAACGAGGAAAAAUGGGUUUACCUGGACAUGCUGGACAAAAUGGAGUUCCUGGUAUUCCGGGAGCUCCAGGACCCUCUGGUAUGCCUGGUCGUGAUGGUUGUAAUGGAACUGAUGGAUCUCCUGGACUUCACGGUUUUCCAGGAGAACCUGGUCCACGAGGAUUACCAGGUAUACUAGGAAAUAAAGGAGAUAAAGGAGAGCCAGGUCAUUGUGGUCGACUUUUAACCGGACAAAAAGGUGAACCUGGAAUUGAUGGAGUACAAGGAGUGCGAGGCAUACCAGGACCUCAAGGACAUCCUGGUGCACAUGGACCAAAGGGUGAACAAGGACCAGUUGGUCUUUCCGGUUUACAAGGAAUAAAAGGAGAAAAAGGUCACAUGGGUGUUGGUUUUGAAGGAUCAAAAGGCGAUAAAGGCAUAAAAGGUGAAAUUGGCCCACCCGGUGAAAGUUAUCCGUAUUCAUUAAUCAGUCCUCCAGAAGAAGUAAUAGGCCCCAUAGGAUCACCAGGAGCGAAGGGUGACAAAGGUGAGUUAGGAUCAUAUGGACAAAAAGGAGAACCUGGAUAUGUAGGAGAUAACGGUUUACCUGGAUUAAAUGGAAUGAAAGGAGAAAAGGGUCUUCCUGGAGCACCAGGAAUUCGAGGUCGUGAUGGAUAUUCAGGUCCUCCUGGGCCACCUGGACGUAAAGGUGAUCGAGGUUAUGAUGGAGCUGAUGGUUUACCAGGUAUACCAGGUCCAAAAGGAGAUUCAGGUUCAGAUGGACCAACGGGAAUACCCGGCCUUCGUGGUCCUCCAGGGCCACCUGGUGGUGGUAAAGGGCAACCAGGUCCACCAGGAGAAAAAGGCCCUAGAGGAUAUCCAGGACCCAUUGGUUUAAGAGGUGCUGAUGGUUAUCCAGGAACAUCAGGCCCAAGAGGGCCAAUCGGCCCUACAGGUGGUCCUGGAUUAGCAGGUGUUCCUGGAACUGAAGGUCCGCCUGGUGAUAAAGGUGAUAAAGGUGAACCAGGACUCCCUGGAUUUCCGGGAGAUGCUGGACCUCGCGGUUUUACAGGAUCAAUAGGACCAACAGGCCCAAGAGGUGCGCAGGGUGAAAAGGGACUUUCAAUCAUAGGUCCUUCUGGGAUGGAUGGAGUUCCAGGGAGAGAUGGUGCUAAAGGUCAAAAAGGAGAAAAAGGAUAUGGAGGACAACGAGGUCGUCCAGGUGAUUCAUUAGAAGGUAUUCCAGGUUCACCUGGACAACCUGGUCUAAGAGGAGAAACUGGUCCUCCUGGUAGAGAUGGUAUACCUGGAUUUCCCGGGAUUCCUGGUGAAAAAGGAGAUGUUGGUGGGAAAUGUACGCAAUGCUUACCCGGUGUUAAAGGAAUAAAAGGAGAUCGAGGAUUAGAUGGUAAAGACGGACUGCCAGGUGGUCGCGGACCACCAGGAGAACGAGGAUUUAUAGGUGCACCAGGUCUUGAUGGAUUACCUGGUUCGAUCGGUCUUCCUGGUGAGCGAGGAAAAGAUGGAAUGCCUGGUGCUCCAGGCCCACAAGGAGAAAAAGGAAAGGAUUGCUUAAUAUCUAAAGAACAGUUUAAAGGUGAAAAAGGUCAAAAGGGUCAAAGAGGAGAUGAAGGAAGAACUGGACCACUUGGAUUAGAAGGUCCUAUUGGAGAAAAGGGCAUAGCGGGCAGUCCAGGUUUCCCUGGACCAAAAGGAGAUAUGGGAGAUCAAGGUUUUCCUGGGCCUGAUUGCAUACCUGGAAGACCUGGAACACCAGGAAAAAAAGGUGAAAUGGGGUUAAGUAUCAAGGGAGAAACAGGAGAUAGAGGGCGUGACGGAUACUCUGGUCAAAAAGGAGAACCUGGUUUUCCAGGAAUGAAAGGAGAUACAGGUAUGUGUCCACCAUUAAAUUUGGAAGAGGCUAUUAAAGGUCCAAUUGGAGAUAGGGGACAAAAAGGAGAACCGGGUAUUCCUGGUCGCAAUGGAGAAAAGGGUGAUAGAGGUUAUCCUGGUGAACCUGGUUUAUCUGGUCCAGUUGGUGCAAUCGGAAUACCUGGACCAUCAGGUCCUAGGGGAUUACCAGGUCCUAGAGGGGAGAAAGGAAAUACAGGUCCAAUGGGAUUUCCUGGCGAGCCAGGUCACUUAGGACCUCGAGGAUUUCCUGGUUUGAGUGGAUUAAAAGGCAUUAAAGGAGAAUCUGGAAUUUCUAUGAAAGGAAGUCCUGGAAUACCUGGACCUCAAGGUCCGAAAGGUGAUAAGGGAUUAUCAGGAUCUCAAGGGAAGGAAGGUUCAAUAGGAUAUUCAGGUCUACCGGGUUUUGCUGGAGAAAAAGGAGAUAUUGGAGAGCCAGGCCUAAAUGGUAUUCCAGGUGUACCUGGAGAAAAAGGAGAUGUUGGUCCAAUUGGACCGCCUGGACCAAUGGGAAUAACAGGAACUCCAGGAACCCUUGGACAGAAAGGUGAAACUGGGUUGCCUGGAGAACCAGGACGCACUGGAUUACCUGGUUUACCUGGAUUGAAGGGUGACAUCGGUGUACCAGGUAUUGAUGGCUCUAAAGGAUUCUCUGGGCGUAGAGGCCCUCCUGGAUUACAAGGACAACCUGGUCUUGAUGGCACAACAGGACUCAAAGGACAAAUAGGUCAAAAAGGAUCGCAAGGAUUUCCUGGUAUGCCUGGAAUGGAUGGGAAACCAGGUCAUCCUGGAGAACCAGGUCCAAAAGGUGAUAUUGGCUUUCCUGGAGAGUCAGGAUUAAUGGGUGUUAUGGGCUUACAAGGAGAAAAAGGAAAUCGUGGAGAUCAGGGAUUUCCGGGACAAAAAGGAGAGCCAGGUCAAGUAUCAGAAAAAGGUCAAAAGGGUGAACCUGGCAUGCCUGGAAUUAGAGGUCCACAAGGGUUACCUGGUCGUGAUGGUACUGAUGGUGAAAAAGGUCAACCUGGGUUAAUCGGAUAUGGGCGUAUGGGAACCCCUGGAGAAAAGGGUGAACCAGGUUUACCUGGAAGAGAUGGAGUAAUAGGUGAUAAAGGUCAAAAAGGUGAUACUGGACUUCGUGGUUUCAUUGGACAAAAGGGUGACACUGGUUUCCCUGGUCCUGUUGGUGAACCCGGAAUUCCAGGAUUAGAUGGGGUAAAUGGAGCAAAAGGUGAUAUAGGACCUCCAGGUAUUCCGGGUUUCCCUGGUUUAGAUGGGGAUAAAGGUGUUUCUGGUAGACCUGGAUUAGAUGGACCAAAAGGGGAAGAAGGACCUGAAGGUCUUGAAGGAAAAAAUGGAUAUCCUGGACCUCCUGGUGAACCCGGUGAACGUGGUCCUCCUGGUUUAACUGUUAAUAUUAAAGGUGAAAAAGGAGAACCAGGAUUACCAGGACAUCCCGGACGUACGGGUGAAAAAGGUGAUUUUGGGUUUCCUGGACCUGUAGGUUUUACUGGUGAAAAGGGUAAUAAAGGAGAUAUAGGAAAUUCAGGAUUCCAGGAGAAAAAGAGUAUAAAUGAUGAAAAAUACUCUUACACAUUCGUAACGAGUGAUCGUGGACCUUAUGGUUUACAAGGUCCAAUAGGCCUUACUAUAAAGGGAGAAAAAGGACUUCCUGGUCUUAUGGGUAAGCACGGUAGGGAUUGUGCUCCUGGUUUAUCAGGAGCUAAAGGAGAACGAGGUUUACCUGGAUUACCAGGAAAAAAAGGCGAGGUUGGUUUUCCUGGUUUACUUGGAUCUCAAGGUAUAAAAGGAGAUGUUGGAUCUCCUGGUUCUACUGGACUACCUGGGCGAGAUGGAAGCCCCGGUAUAGAUGGUAUGCCUGGAUUGAUAGGUGAAAGAGGUCAAAAGGGAGAUCAAGGUCCACCAGGACUUUACGGUCCUCCUGGUCAGAAAGGAGAUAUUGGAUAUCCAGGUCGUGAUGGUUUGGAUGGUGAACCCGGAGAAAAAGGCGAAAGAGGAUGGAAUGGAGAAGAUGGUUUGCAAGGAAUUCCAGGAGAAAAGGGAGAUAGAGGUUUCCCAGGCCUUGUUGGUAUCGCUGGAGAAAUUGGUUUAACUGGAGAAAAAGGAGAUAAAGGAGAAGAUUGUAUAACCUUACCCACGGAACAAGGAGAAAAGGGUGAUAGAGGCUUCCCAGGACCAAUUGGACCCCCUGGUUUACCUGGUGAAAAAGGUGAAGUAGGAUCCCCCGGAUUACCAGGAGCAGAUGGCCCUAAAGGUGUACCAGGACUUGAUGGACUUCCAGGACCACCAGGCUUAAGAGGGUUAUCAGGUGUACAAGGAGCUCCAGGACCAAUAGGUCUUACAGGACCAAUCGGUCCAAUAGGGGCUCCAGGUGAACAAGGGCUUCCAUGCGAGGUCUCUCCUGAUUAUCUCACUGGGAUUUUACUUGUAAAACACAGUCAAAGUCAAACUGUACCAGAGUGUGAGCGAGGCCACGUGAAACUCUGGGAAGGUUAUAGUCUUUUAUACACCGAUGGAGAUGAAAGAGCACACUCUCAAGAUUUAGGUUACGCUGGCUCUUGUGUAAGAAAAUUUUCUACGAUGCCAUUUUUAUUUUGUGAUGUAAAUAGUGUAUGCCACUACGCUAGCAGAAAUGAUCGAUCCUAUUGGUUAUCUACUAACAGUCCAAUCCCUAUGAUGCCAGUUGAGGAAACUGAUAUUGAGGAAUAUAUUUCUAGAUGUAUUGUAUGUGAAGUGCCAGCAAAUGUUUUAGCAAUUCAUAGUCAAUCACUUAGUAUUCCAGAAUGUCCAGAUGGUUGGUCUGGUCUUUGGAUAGGCUACAGCUUUGUAAUGCACACUGGAGCAGGUUCACAAGGUGGUGGACAGUCACUAUCCAGCCCUGGAUCUUGUCUAGAAGACUUCAGGGCCACUCCAUUUAUUGAGUGUAAUGGUGCUAAAGGACAUUGUCAUUAUUAUUCAAAUGAAUUCAGUUUUUGGAUGGCAACAAUCGAAGACCGUGAUCAGUUUCAAAAACCUGAUAAGCAAACAUUAAAGGCAGGCAAUUUGCGGUCACGAAUAAGUCGUUGUCAAGUAUGUCUAAAGAACACGUAAUGGGAUUGGGUGCAAGCACUCAUGCAGGGAAAUAUUGAUUGAUGAACUUAUUUGUUGAGUUAAUAAUUAAAGUUUUAGAUAAAUAAAAUCAUAGAUAUAUCGUUCAUGAUAAUACAAAGACAAUGAUAAUCUUUCUACUGUCCAAAGCUUUAAAAAAAUUAUUAAUUAUGAGAGAAAAAAGAUCCAG